AAGUGUAGCUGAAAAAAUUUUUAUUCAUAAAUAUUUACGUCUUGAGAAUAACGAUUGAUUUUGGUUGUGUUUGCUUUCCGUGGAACGGAACUUCGAGAUAGUGCAGCAGAGUGUUGUCCCAGUUUUUUCCAUAGUGGACUGCAACCAGUGUAUAGCUAGUGUAUGUGGUCACAGGCAGUGGUAGUGGCGUAAUUUGAUUCCUCGCGUCCUCCUGUGAUUAUCCAUCCGGGUAUACAUAUAGACUGUUCUGUUGAAUCAUCAUAAAAUUUUAAUCUGCUUCGCCAUUCGUUUGGAAAGUGGUUAAGAUAAGGCAAGCGUAAGCUUGCUUAUUCAUCACCCAUACCAAGGGAUGUAAAAUGGAAGAUUUUCGACGCCUUUUCUGACGAAACGACGAAGAGUGAUAUCGGAUUACCCCAGAAGUUGCAACCCGUAGGUAAAUCAGCAUAAUGGCAACUUUAGAGAAGCCUAAAACGAAGCAUCAAAAGAAGACGAAACCCAAACCGUUGGUCCUGCCGGAAGUGCCCACCGAUGACCUUGAUGACGAGGAUGCAGACAGUGGGGAAGUCGCUGUAGACAUCGACUUUCCCAGUACAUCGACCUCGGAUGAAGCACCGGCGACGGUUGCUGUUCUAGCGGACGAGGCCUAUGACGACGAUGCAGCCAAAGCCGAAGACGAAGAACGUAAUCUCACUGAUAGUGAGAAGUUGCUGCAGUCGGAGGGGGAAACAUCGAUGGAACCAGUUGCUCCGUCGGCCCCAAUAAUCGAAGACGAAGUCUCGAAAGUGGAGCUUAUGGUUCAGCCGCCUAUGAUGGCGCAACCGGAAGUGGUGUCAUCACUAUAUCCGAACCUUCAGGAGAUGCGCAUCAAAGAAUCGGCUCCCGUUGAAGUCGGUCGCGGUCCGGUGCAAACGAUGACCCCUCUGACUCGCGACCAGUUGGCCCAGUUCUACCGGGUGGACGGUGAAAUGACGCUGGCCGAAGCCUUCGAGCGGGAGUUUCUGGCGCGGGAACUGGAAGAGAACGACCAGUGCAGCAGCCAUCCGCUGUACCAGCUGCUGCAACGCUAUGCCAAAGCUCGAGCCGAGCUGAGCCUGAACAAGCUGGAGUUUGAAGCGCUGCGCCGGAAGUGCAAAGUGUUGGCCAGCGAGCUGUGGACCAUGCGGGAGCAGACUUUCACCGGGACGGAUACCUGCGGCGAUGGGAGGGUGCUGCGGGCGAGCUACCGGGGAAGCGUGGCCACCCUUCAGGAAUCAACCCUGGCCGACUUCAGUUCCAACCUGAAAGACCUGAUGAAGCAAUCGUGCUUCCAGUGCAGCCAGUCCACUUACGAAGUGGACUCCACGCGAAUAAAGAUCGAGCAGAAGAUCUACGAAACUCUUAAUCUACACCCAGUGCUGACCAGUCUCCCAGUGGACGCUCCAGUGGUUCUGAAUCCGCCGUUCGAUCCCGCCCAGUUGGCGGCGGCCAUCGGCGAACUAAGACUUUGCAUAUCCAUUCUGUUUGCCUUCCUGCGGAAGGGCAUAACCGACAAGCGCUUCCUGACGGAUGUCCGCGGUUGGACCGUCAAGCUGGUAGCCACCCAGCUUCGGAUCGCCACCGUACACGAUCACCUGUUUGUACUGUUCCAUGUGCUGCGAAGUCCCAGCGGGAUAGCCAACUGGGCUACCUCGUUGAUUCAGCUCCCCAUAGAAGGGGAUCUCCGUUGGGGCGGUUCGGAAUUUCAACACAUUCUAGUGGUGAUGGCUUGUGUGCUUCUGCCGAUCAAGAAGCGUAACGAAUUUCUCGAGAAACUCAAACUGGACAUGAACCGCUCGAUCGACGUGGUCCAGGAGGAGAUGUGGGCCAUCGUGGAUAGCGAUGGGGAGGACUGCUCCGGAUCGGACUCGAUAUCCGAACUGAAAGAGGGCGAUCUGGUGGGUUUGAUCGAUCAGGUGCCGUUCGGGAUGGUUUUCCGUGCGUUGACGCUGGUCGAUCGCAAACUGGACGGAAGUCUUCGGUUGAGUGAGGAUCAGGUUCGAGGGACCCAUCUGCUGAAGGCGAUCGCUUUUGGGACCAUCUUUGUGGAGCUUUUAGGGAAUGGAUUGGUGACUUACGAUGCCGAUCGGUAUCGACAGUUCGCCAAGAGGAUCGCGAGGUUGAUCAAGCACACCGUAUUCUACGUGAGCGAUCUGUAUCGGAUAUUGCUGGAGCGGGCGAGGAGUGUCCAAGUGGUAGUGGAUGCUUACGAGAGCACGCGAAUUCACCUUGAGUUGGACGUUUUUGUAGUCCGAGCGGCGCAGUAUAUCUACCGAUCGCGGAAGAUCGGUACGUGGCAGUACUUGACGGGGUUUCCCUUCGAUCAGCUGAGCCUGGAUGCCUUGUGGAAACUGUAUUACUGUCUACACCUGGACGAGUUCAACGAAGAACUGAUCUCUGCGGUUGAUACGGACUUUCGCGCUCUCUGUGUUGGUGAGCAGCAGCGAGAGAAAUUCCGAAAUGGGUUGGUUGGGAUGCCUUCCGAAGAUCUGUACUACUUGCUACAGGUGUUCUCCAAUAUGGCGCUUGCUAGGGAAAUUGGCGACAUCGAUUUUAUCCAAACGGUGGCGUUGAAUCUCUUCGACAUCGGCUACCUGAACGAAUACACCAAAGACUUCUGCUACAAAGCCGUCAAGGAUCUGCUCUACAACAUAGUGUUCAAGCAUCCAUCGCUGGUUUCCAGUUUGCUGCAAUCGCUGAAGCAGGACGUAGCCCAAGCGGACCACUCGGCGAUGUACAUCUUCAAGUCACUUCCGCUGGAUCGCUGGCAUCCGCAGUGGGAGGACUUCGAGCUGCUCGCCAACUGGAUCCUGAACUAUGGUUUCGAUGCCGUCCAAAGCUCGACGGCUCGAGUUAUCCUGAUCCAUUUGAACUACAACUUCGAUUCAAACAACGAACUGUUUCUACCGCAUGACAUCCACGUUCGUAUAGCUUGUCUCAUUACGGAGGUAUACAGCAAACACGUUCCGGAACUUCUCGGAAAUCCACAAGGUUUGGUCGCCUCGGUGAGUAGCCUGGUGAAGAACAAAGCCGCGCAGGAGCAAUUCUUAGCCUGGUGUUGGAACAUGGUAAGUCUACUACGACUGCACUGCAUGGACCAGAGCUCGACGGUCAUCAACGGGAUGAUGAAGAACCCUGCUCUGAUCCUACGCCACGUUCUUGAACUAGAGCGAGCUCAACAGAUCUACCAAGGCGUGACCGAAAACCGGCCUUUGGCCGUCUACUUGGCGAUCCUCAUCAGCACCUGGGGUCAUUCCGUACCCCAAAUCUGCCACAAAGGCUUCGAACAAAUUCGGUUGCUGUUGAACGAUCAUCGCUACGUAGUGGUCGUCCGGUGUCUACAACUGAUCACGCCGCUGUUUCUCGAAUGUCCCGACAGUUUGAGUCGCUGCGAGUCGUUCAAGUCCAUUCUGAUCAGCUUGAUAGCGGCCGACAAGUACUACGCUCGGUUCACCAAGGAUCAAUUCCGGCCGGAGUCGAACACCCCCGUUACGGAGAUGGUCAAGUGUAUGAUCCUCUCACAGAUCACCAACUACGUUCGGUACGGGUUAGCGUCUCCGACGCUGUUGAUCAACAUCUGGCUGCAGUGCCUUACCGAGCUGCCGAACUGGACCAAGGAUCCAGCGAUUCUCGGACUGCUAGAUGCCAUGCUGGGGGUUGCCUAUCAGUUUCCGGAUGCUUGGCACUCCACGAAAGAGUUCUUCCGGCCUUAUUUUUCGCGCUUCGAGGACAUUAAGGCGUCCAAACCUACAGGCCUGCUCAAUCUACUCGCCUCUGGUCCAAAUGAUCUGUUCAGCUCUCCGUCACCAGCAACUGUAUUCUUGUCGAUCUUCACCCUGGAGCUGGAGUACGAGAUCACCGAAAUUCAGUCCCGCAUCUGGCACGAGGUGAUCCGCGGAAUAGGACUUCCUAGUUCACCAAAGCUCUCCCUGGAAACAGCCAUCAAGAAGGCUACCUCCAUUCUCGGAUAUCCAUCCUUUCCGCCCACUUCGCUAACUGUCUUCAAACUUGCCAACCUCGUCGCAAACUGCACGAUCAAGAACUUCAUGUACCCGAUCGUCUGUCAGCUUUUCUUCACCAUCUACCUGUCGCGGAUUCCCCUCUCUCCAGACGAGGAACGAUUCGCCAACUGCUUCGGAGUUGCCGAUCGCCUCUACGAAUACAACGUCGGCCUUAUGAAGCGAAUCAAGAAGCAGCUCUACGACGCUGAAUGCUUCUACAAUUCGGCUUCCGUGGGCGAAAGCGAUGAACGGCAGCGAUCCUUCUACAAUCACUGCACACGAUUGUUCAAAGCUUUCCAACUUUGGCUGGAGGACACCCAGUUGAACAAGAUCCGACCGCAGACCUUGAAUCUUCCCCCACAGUUCGACUGCCAUCGGUUGGCGGCGAUCUUCCGUGGAAAUCGUGACCACUGGACGGACUUUAUCGAUCUCCGAGGCAUUCGCUCCGAUCAUCGUGAGCUCGCAGAUGCUUGGCUGAAACUGUGCUACCGAUACAAGCCCGUAGCCUCCACCAUUGUACCGAGCUCACCGGUACGAUCACUUGCACCCAGCUUAAGCGUAACGGAUCUGCACGACGUCAAACAGUCCAUCUUCAAGCGCCUACAGACAUACGACGCCCCAGCACCUGCCCCCCGUUUGUACAAACCCACUCCUCUCAUAACCCCAGCCAAAUUCUCCUCCCAGUCGUCCAGUUCGCUGAUCUCAGUCCUCAAAUCCGACUUUGCCCUGCUGGAUUCGUACGCCCGCAAGGAGUUCCACGUCAUGUACAACGAACACCUGCUACUCGACUCGUGCUACCUGGAGCAAGUCCCGAAGCUCUACAUCACCGAGGACAAGGUUCUCUACAAGGACGUCAGCUGUUCCAGUAAAUGUACCGACCCCCGGAAGGUCCUGGUACGUUACAAGGUGUCCAAGUUGGACAAAAGCCUAAGUGCGGUCCUCGCGGAGAACCGAUCGGCCCAUGACGCCCUGCUGCAGCAGGAGAGCAAACUUCCGGACCGGAUCGUGAUGGCAUCCGUCCGAAUCGAUGCCUUCCUGCGGCAGAUCGUCGACGCCUACCGGGAGUGUAAACUGAGCGGCGAAACGACUAUGUGCGGUAAGUUGAACAAGGUGGGUUCGUCGCUGUUCUACGAAGUUGUGGACAAGAUGAACGACUACAACCAGCUGUGUCCGCUGACCAAGGAGGUCUGCUCGCUGGGAAUUAGCCAACUUGGGUUCUUCAUGCAGGAAAACCAAAACAACGAAGGCAUCAAGUUGUUGAACAUCGCUCUGAAUCGUCCGGAUAUGAUCAACCUGCUGUCGGAGCUCUUGGUACCGACCAGCUGUCCGCCGCAGUUCUUCCUGCGGAUGUACGAAUUUGUAAUCGAUUCGCACAUCAAGCGACACGACACCCAGGUGCUGUUCGUCAUGCUCUCCAAGUUCGACAUCGUCAGCUGGAUGAAUCGCUACCGGCCCAAGCUGGUGGACGUCAACCGCUUGGUGGAGUUGAUCCUUCGGGGAUUGGAGGGCUGGAACCAGAAGAACGCCGUGCUGAUUCAGGACGUGAGUAGAUCCCAAACAAGUCUAGUCGAAGCAAGUCUAACCGGGUUUGUACAGCUUCUCCAACGGCACCUGAUGCACCUGUUCGAGUACGACUUCCCCGAACACUACGGAGACAUCCUGCAGAUGAGUUUGGCGGUCUGUUCGCAAAAGAAAGUUAUGCCGCAGGUACUGCUGGAUCUACUCAACUCCAUGCGACGUCGCGUCGGAUGUCAACCCUUGGCCUUCGGCUCGGGAUUGGUGUCGAUCAAGGAAGACUUCCGCAGCUUCGCUACCAAGCAGAACAUCCUUUCGUACAAGGAUCUUAUCGAUACGACGGUACUGCUAACUCAACACUUCCAGCAGGAGCGACUGAACCACGGUUUGCAUGGGCUGUAUCCGAGGCACAGUGACUACUGCGAAGUGCUGUCCCUGUUGCUAGGUUCGGUAGGACAUGCGGCAGUCGUUGCAGCUGUUCACACCUAUCCAGGAGUUUUAGCCGACGAAUUGAUCAACUGGUUGUGGCCUUCGCUGUGCGACAUGUUCUCUCCCUGGCUAACUCCGUACUUUCCGCAGAACAUGAAAGGCCAACAGCAGGUGGCCAACUGGAUUCAACAGGUUGCCGGCGACACCACGAUACUUCCGCCGUGGAGCGAACUCCAUGCGGACACGGCCUUCCGCAUGGUCAAAGUGUUCGAACACUGUCUUCAGUACCUGAUGGACACAUUCCCCUCCAGUAGUGCCCUCCUCGGCCAUCUGUUCUACUGGUACGAGCUGAACUUCGCUCACCCGGCUUUGCCGCGCUACGUAGCCGUUCCCAUUCACACGAACUUGAUGAACCUGGCGUGGGACCGCUUCCGCCCCGCGCCAGUCCACAUCACCGGAUUCAGCCGAAUCCUUCAGCAGUUCAUCCCGGAGGCGCACAUGUUCGUCGGCCACAUCUUCAUCCGCGUCGCGUGGACUCCUUGGCUGCAGCAGAACAUCCAAUCCUGGGACUACCAACUGCGCUAUCAAAUGCUGUCCUCGCUCCUCAUGAUCUUCAUCAAGAUAUCCUACGAACCGAACGCCCGGGAAGGCCUCAAAAUCGUCACCUUACUCCAGGAAGCGUGCAACUACCCGUGGCAUAUGCUCGAAUACCAAGGCGUCGAAGCGGUGCUGGACUGGUUCGUCCUAUCCGCCGAACCGUCCGUCGUACUGAAGAUGCCUUCCGAAGGCGAGGCCGGCGACAGCGCCGUCCUGGAUCUGCUCCAGGUAGCCUCCUCGAUGAAGUUCAACACGGGAAAUCCGCUGGAAUCGGCGGCGCUACAGUCGCAAGUACAGGCCAAGCGGAUCCUGUACGUUCGAACCACUGUGCGACUGCUAAACUCCUGCGGUGCCAAGUACCAGAAACUGCUGGGAACGAAACCGGGGGUGCAGGCCUUCCACAAUGCGGUGCUCGGGCUGCUAAACAUCGUCGAAACGGUUCUGCUGCAAAUCCGGUCCACCAAGGAUCGGGAGUUCGAAGCGAGAAAUCUGGUCGGCGAGGUGAUCGUUUCGUUGCAAUCGCAGGGCGAGUACACUUCGAAAUUAUUUAUCGAGGCAAUCGUUCUGUGGACGGAGAACUGUCGGACAAGCGACAGCUACAUCAUUCCCUCGGUGCUGGAUUCCGUCGGUAUGUGCAAAAGCUUUUCGCGUAACCUGUAUUGGCUGCUGGAGGAGAUGCUGUUCCACUAUUUUGGCAAGUCCUGGCUCGGACAAGUUACCGACGGAGGCGAACCGGUUUUGGAUGCGUCUUGGGUGAAGGCACUGGGCAAGGUGGGACUGCGAACGGUGAAAGGGUUCGACGAGGAGCUGUUGGUCAAGAAUCGGUAUCUGCUUGUGCUGCAUUUGUUGACGGUGCAGAGACUUCGGGAGGCCGGCAGUAAUGGUGAGCGGAUUAUGGUUCUGCAGAAGCUGUUCAGAGUUUUGGAAGAUUUGAAAGUGAGUGAUCAAACCGAAUCCAAGCUGAUUCUCCUCUGGAGCCUGAUGGUGGUGGUCGGAGUGGAAAUCAUGAAAUCAUCUUCCAACGGUCAAAACCACUUGCUCACCUUGGCCCGCUAUCUGCAAACCUGUUCCAAGGAAGCCGAAGGAUGGGGCGAAGGUCUCCUCGGCGCCAUCGGCAUCCGAAAAGACGGCAUCAGCGUUCGCCGGAAGGUUGUGGCCAAGUGCCUGUCCUGCAUCGUGUUCCUGAUGUUCGGGGAAGACUCCGGCGAAGCGCUGGAAGCAUCGGAGUCCGGCCCGCCGUCGAUCGACACCAGCAACCGGUGCAAAGAGUAUGGCCAAGCCAUGACGGAUCUGAAGCAAACCUUGGCUAACAAACGGUACGGCGAGAUGCACACCAAAACCCGGGCGGCCAUCAACCUGAUCGAAAAUACGGCAAUGGUGGCGAACAUUUGCGAGAAUGUUUGCAAAAUUGUGCGACUGUUUUGCGACGAACAUUUCUUCCACUCGGUGGAAGAAGUUUGGCGCUGUUAAGACUUUUUAAAAGGGAGGUUUUCUCUACUAUUUAAGUUUUUUUUCUCUGGUAGAUGUAAUAGCUUAGAAAUGUAGCUAGAGCUUUAUUCGCAAUAUAUAACGAUUGGCUUUGUUCGGCUGUGACCUGUCCUGUCCACUGA